GCUCCAGCUUUCCGACUCCUGAAGAGACACGGGCGCCUGUCAUCCGUUAACCACCCGAGCAUCUCCAGCAUCCAAACGCAGUUUCUAAACAGAACAGCCCUUUGACUCGUCGUUUAAGUGGUCUGCAAUACCAGAAGGCUUCUUCCCCGUCACAUCGACCAAUAUUGCAAAACUUUAAAUGUUCUACUUAUGGCUGUCGGAAAGCUUCUCGCGGCAAUUAUAACUGCUAACUGAAGCUUAUAUGAAACAUUUUGUCUGACAUCUCUCGGAGUCAAUCUCAGGGAUUGUGAGACUUCCAUGUCGGCGAUGUUGUUUUCCAUUUUAAUCGAUACCUGAGACCAGGGGUCAAGAGUUAAGAAUCUGUAGCCUGUUUGGUGCGGAUCGUUAGAAGAUCGUUAAAACAGAUCAAACUUUUAUCACAUAUGACACGGAUUAUUAAAGAUGAGACGCUUAUUUUGACUAUCACAGCGGGAUAAAGUACAGCGCAUCACCACCGCACCUUCAGGAUGUUCCGGCGAGGCUGUGGUCUGGAGUUUCUCCUGGUGCUGUGCGGUUUAGAGUUGACCCAGACGUGUCCCCGUCACUGCAUCUGCUACGACUCUCCCAGCACGGUGAGCUGCCAGGCUCACAACUUCCUGGUGGUUCCAGAGGGAAUCCCAGCCCAGAGCGAGCGCGUAUUUCUGCAAAACAACAAGAUCCAGCGACUGCUGCAAGGCCAUUUCAGCCCCACCACUGUCAUGCUUUGGCUCUACUCCAACAAUAUCUCAUACAUCCAGCCCUCCACGUUCAUGGGCUUCACCCGCCUGGAGGAGCUCGAUCUGGGGGACAACAAACAUCUCCGCUCUCUGGCUUCUGACACUUUUCAGGGCCUGACCCGACUCCAUGCUCUUCAUCUCUACCACUGUGGCCUAAUCACUCUACCCGCUGGCUUAUUUGAAGGGCUGCAUAACCUGCAGUACCUCUAUUUACAGAACAACCAGCUGGAGUUUCUUGAGGAUGACAUGUUCAUUGAUCUUCUGAAUCUGAGCCAUUUAUUUCUGCAUGGAAAUCGGCUGUGGAGCCUCCACCAGAACACUUUCCGUGGCCUGGGGGCCCUCGAUCGCUUGCUGCUCCAUCAAAACCGGCUCCAGUGGGUUCACAAACAGGCUUUCCACGACCUGCGCCGUCUGACAACUCUCUACCUGUUUAACAACUCCUUACCUGAACUUCCUGCUGAAAGCUUGGCUCAGCUGCCAGCGCUGGAGUACCUGCGGCUCAAUGACAACCCUUGGGAGUGCGACUGCAAGGCUGUGCCGCUCUGGGAUUGGCUUCGGCGCUUCCGUGGAUCCACCUCCUCGUUAAUAUGCGCGGCUCCGCCGGAACUGGCAGGAAAGGAUCUGAAACGUUUAACGAAAGAAGAGCUGCCCUCCUGUACGGGCUCGGAGUCGCUCCAUCAGAGCAAAUCCAGCCAGGGGGAUGUGGGGGUGUCGCUGAAGAAAGACCACCAUCAUCGAUCGCGCAAUCAUCAUCAUCAUCAUCCUCACCUGCCACAUCAGGAUCAAUACUAUCCCACCUCCCCGUCGCCGCUUCCUCGGCCACCCAAGUCGGGACGCAACAGGAACUGCACAAGGCAUCGAAGCCGCAAGGGCAAUGCUCAGAAUGAGGUGUAUAACUUAAAGGAGUUAGCCAACAAGGAAUCGGACGACAAAUAUGACCCGUCAAAACCAAGACGAAAGAACAAAUGCAUUCCACGGACUUCGGUGGGUCCCCCUAGUGGCGUGCAAAGAGCGAACAGCAGGGCGGCAUCCCUCUUGGCACCUUGUUUCAUCAUCCCUCUUUGCUUAUUGGUGUGUCUCACUGCCCUUAUUUUCCGCUGAGCCUUGUAGAAGCAUCUACUAAUGGUUUUACCGAACAAACUCAGCCCUCUGUCUACUCUGGCUCCUACACUUUUGUGUGCGAAUGUGUGUGUGUGUGUGGGUGCGUGUGUGUGUUUGUGUGUACACGUGAGCCCCUUUCGAGGGACAGAGGACUUGUGCGAAAGGCAGGCCUGGAAUUAAACCGGAGAUAGGAAGAAACUCUGGGAAUUGUGGGCGAGAGAUGGGACACUAAAUAGACUACUCCUCGAUUAUCACCAUUUCUUGUUGCUCCAGGGCAUACUCAAUAACAACAAAAAAAAAACCCCAACUGCAUUUGUUAACUGCAUUCAGUUGUACAUCACACCUCUGCAGAAUAAUUAGCAGCUCAUUGUGGUCAAGCUCAUCGCCAUUAAAAACCUCUGAAUCCCUGUCCUGACCUUUGGCCCAGUAGAGGAGGGGGGGGUGAACAAAAUACAUAACCAAGCAUUUACACAAAUGUACAACUGGGCUGCUUCGCCAACCUGUUAGCAUCUCAGCGGUUUCUGUGGUAGGGUUGUUGUUAACACCUUUAGCACCUGACAACAUAAAAAUGAAAGCCAAGCACACAAGAGAGCGACUGGGUUAGUUCUGAGAAUGUUUUUUUUUUUUUACAUAUAAGAAAUAGAAUUGCACUUGCAUUAUGAAUGCACUACAGCUCGUUCAUACAACCCCAACAAAUGGUUGACAAGGUUGAUCCGACAAAAAACAAAAGUUGCUGUUUGCUGUGAAUUAGGGAAUAAAUACUACUGUUCUAAAGCUGCCGUGUUGGCGAUGUCAGUAAAGAGAAAGUAGAAUUACUGAAAAAUGGAGUUGGCUGUGGGUUUGUGUAUGUUGUUAUUUGUUGAUUGUGCCCUUAAGAUAGUAUUUUGCAUAAAAACUGGAAGGCAAAAGUUAUUAAGACAUGAAAAGGUCAAGUGGAGCUCAUGCAAGAAGCAUCAUGUGUUAUCUGUGGCUUGGCUGCAAUAACCUAGAAGGGAAACAACACCAACACAACAUUAAUAUCUCAAAAUAAUUCACAAAAGGGAAAAAUACAGCUGUUUGGUCACAGACGCCAAGCCUAACCUGGAAGGUUAAUUUGCCAUAGGUUCCCUCAGGAAGUUCUUAAUGGUUUUUAGGGAUUAUUGAUUUAAACCCAAAUGGAGAAAGAGACAGUUAGAUAUUCUCUAUAUUAAAAAUAACACUAAUGAAGUAAAGUGCACUGUGUAUUAUUUGUUUUACAAACUAUACAUCUGCCUUUAUUAUCCAAAAUACUAAUUAAUAUAUAUAUUAACAAAAAACAAAUGCAAACAGGUAUGAAAUGACAUGAGGAGGACUAAACUCAUUACGCCAUUAAAAGACUCAAAAAACAUAAAAUACAUCGUCACACCCACAUGGAUUGUUUUAUAAUUAUGUUGUAAAUAAGUUCAUAAAUAAGGACUGCAACUACAGGUAUCACAAGUGUACGAGUUUACAUGCUUAAUAAGUCAAACAACCUCCUGUAGCCACUUAGAACAAAAUGUGAACAAUAACGUUACCCACAGGCCUUAUUUUACCUGUAAAUCCAAAACUACUUUUCUAUAAACCCAUUAGAGACUCCAGAGGGAACCCAUUAUUCCAAAAAACGCCAAUUCUUGUCCAGAUUUUUUGGAGGAGGCUAUAAAGUGAAAAGGUCCAUAUAGAAAGUCAACACAAAUUCUGAGGUAAUAAUCCUUGAAAUCCAGAUUAAUCCAUGCAAGCCAUAGACAAACUUGUCUGUCACUCACCGUCUCUGACCCCUGCUGCUGUUGAGCCAUAAAAUACAUGUCUGUAUUGGGAUCCUAAAGCUGAGAGUUAUAUUGUCAAUGGAAAAAGUCACAGAGCCCCCUUCUGGACAGGUGGGGUAAUAGCACUUCCCCCACCCCUACCUUGUCCCUCCUCAAAGACUGUCUAUCUUUAUACAAAAGUGAACUGAGAAUAUUCUGACAUGUCCAAUGUGAACAUUUAUUUGUUUGAGAAUAUGUGUCACUUACUGACAAAAGACUAUGUGUAUGACACUGUCGAGGGAAGGAGGACGUUUUUUUGUAUUCAUGUACUUUUUCUUUGUACAUUGUCGUCAAACUGCAAUUUUGAACAUACAAGUGCACCAUACUAACACCUCCCUUGUAUUCCUCGAUCUGUCCUUCAUCUUUCUUCCUCCCUUUUUCAUAACUCAAACUUUCUGUCUGUUAUGAAAUACCACCAGACUCAAAAGCUGUUUCUAAAGAAUAUUAAAGAGAAAUGUGGUCUCA